CCCCAUUGGCUUACGCGUAGAUGCACCACUCCACGCUCCCGGCCGCGCCGUACAUGACCCCUUGAGCUUACAGUCAAUUCAACAAACAGGUUGUGCGCACCUUCGUAUAUAAAAAGAACUGCUAGCUACUCCCAGGGAUCCAUUCACGCACAUCAACAAGCAGGGAACAAGUAAUAGCUCCCGGUUAAUUCUUCUGGAAGAGCAAACCUCACGCUGCUAGUGCGCGCUGAGAAGACAAACACCCCCGUUCCAGCUUCUGGACCUCACAAGCCCCGCGGUCUGCGCCUUCACCAUAGUACCAAGCUCGCACCUCUUCGCCCUGGCCGGGAGCGCGGCCUCGUCGUGCUCUGUAUCGGGCUCCUCCGCGCUCGUGCUUCAGCUCCGCGGCCGAGAGCCCGAGAACGCACUCCGGCCGGAACCAGGCUACUGCUCCACCACGGCCGCAGCCAUGGACGAUACUCCCCACGAGCCCCGCUCCCCGACAUCCGCCUCCUCCUCGUCAUCGUCUUCCUCCUCCGUUGCUGCCGCGAACAAGCGGCCGCGCAGAGACGACGGCCAGCACCCGGCAUACCACGGCGUGCGCAUGCGGAGCUGGGGGAAGUGGGUUUCCGAGAUCAGGGAGCCACGGAAGAAGUCACGCAUCUGGCUCGGCACCUUCGCCACGGCCGAGAUGGCCGCGCGCGCCCACGACGUGGCCACGCUCGCCGUCAAGGGCCGCGGCGGCGCCGCGCAGCUCAACUUCCCGGGCCUCGCGCACCUGCUGCCGCGCCCGGCCAGCGCCGCGCCCAAGGACGUCCGUGCGGCCGCCAUACUCGCCGCGGCCCCGGACUUCCUCCCCUGCGACGGCGCCAAUGCCAAGAGCCCCGACAGCAGCUCCGCGGCCGCCUCGCCGCAGCCGGCUCCUUCGCGCGAUGACGAUGAGGCGGACCCUGACGACGCGCUGUUCGACCUCCCCGACCUGCUCCUGGACUUGAGAUAUGAGUCUUCGUCGGCUCUCGCGUGCGCGUCGUCGUGGGUCGUCGACGAUGACAUGUCCGCCGGCGGCGUGUUCCGCCUUGAGGAGCCGCUGCCGUGGGAGUACUGAUCAGCGUUUGCUGCCGGGUUCGCGGAGAAGGCACCAUUCAGCUUUUUUUUAUUUGCUGUUACUGGUUUUCGGUAUUUAGAUCGAUCGGAGACAUGUAAAUGCAGCUCUUUAUUCUGAUUUCUUACCCCUGUUUUGCCUUCUCUUUGAAGUUCUGUGUUUUCCCCCUUGCUGUGUGUUUUUUACCUUUUCUUUUCUAAAUUUAGGAGGCGAGAUUGUAUAAAGUUAGUUUCUUUUGCUUUCCUUGCUUGAUUUGGGGGACAAGAAUUUGUAUAAUUAACAAGCAUCUAAUCUUACCUUUUCCGUUUAUUUUGUU